ACGAAAUGUUGAAUUUCAGUUCAAUCUGACCUCAGAGGAACGCUACGUCGCCGCCUUCAAUUCGCGACUAGCCCUGGGUACGAGGUUGAGAGGAACGCGGCUUUAAUUCAAAGGUUUUGAAAUAUAUCAACCUUAUAUCGUACCUUACACAAAGUAUCUCCAACACACUGCUAACACUAAUCGCGGGCACACGUUGACAUGUCACUCGCCUAAACAAGAAUAAUUCAGAAAAUUCAGAUUACUAUUUAUUUUUUUGUGGAAAUCGAAGCUGUAAAAUUUAAGUUUAUAACGUUAUAAUGGUAAGUUUAUUUGUUACAUAAAUGUUUUACUAUAAAUUAAUGCACCAAGAACAAAGCCAAAAUACAUUGCCAAAAUGCCAGUGACCUCUAUGCAUAACUGGAAUAUCAUGUCUUUCUAAAACAAUAGCAAUACAGGACAACUGACACAUGUUUCAGCCCUUUGCACAAGUGUAACUGUUAACUCUAUUUUGACGAAACUACAACCCGCUGAAAUAGUACUCCAGUUAACUAAAGCUCAGUCCACAUCCAUUCCACCCGCCUCAUCAAAUUUAAUAAUCAUGUUCAAAUUAUCGAGUUAUUAAAUGUUACAGUUUUGGAAUAUUAUUAACCCUUUAAGUGGCAAUGCGCCCUACUUUAUUAUUUUACUCUGUCUAACGGCAGACAAUUUUACUCGUCGGGGAGAGUGCUGCCACUCAAUGGCUUAACUGUCAAAAUCGUGUGAAGGCUUGGGACACUUGUUGCAACAAUGUCACAAGAGAAUAUAUAUAAAUUAGCUUCAUACACUGUUUCUUCACAUAUAGGCAACCGGGUUAGAUCAAGUUGUUGGCACAGCAAUGAUGUCCCUUGGUUCAUUAAUAUUCAUUUACUAUUCUCUAUGGGUAAUUGUUUUGGUAAGAACAAUCCAAUAAACACUGACAAACGUGUGCUCAAAAAUCAUACCAUUUUUUCUACCUUUUAACUUGAUCUGUGUGUUGUAGCCUUUUGUAGAAGCUGACCAUGUGAUCCAGAUAUAUUUCCCAGAUAGAAUGUAUGCAAUAUUAAUACCAGUUGUUGCUGGAGUACUUGCAGUGUUGGUUGUAGGUAUGAAUUCCUUGUAUCAAUACAAGCAUAGAUGGACUGUUUUCUGGUAAAAUAUGCUAAAUACACAAUUAGAUCAACGAGAAUACACUUCUUCACAUCAUCUUGGCUGUAGAGCCAUGCUUUCGUGAUUGAAGCUGAAAGCUUUUACCCUCUCUACUCCCUUGCCCCCCCACCCCCACCCCACCAGAAAUCAUGCUUCCCGGGAUAAGGGGGUACAUGCUGGGACUUGCUAACAGUUAUUUGUUUCUGUUUAAUUAGGGUCAUUCAUAUCCUUAGUUCUACUGAAGAAAAAGAGAGCAGAAAAGAAAUCUAACUAAAUUUAUAGAAAGACACUAACUUUAUGAUGUAUUGAUGUACAAUUGUUUUAACAAAUAGGAACCAAACCUUGUUUAAUUAAAACAUCACACUGUCUGAUAAAUAUUUUUAGGGAAUGCAUAUGACCUGCCUUAGAACUUAGCUAUCUUGACAGCAAAGAGACUCAAUGUCAAUUAUUAAUAUUAGAAAAUACAUUCGUACAGAAACAAAGAGAUGCAUUUAAGCUAAAAUAUAUUCUGUAUUAUAAACAAUCGUGUUAUAUUAAAAUCUGAUAAAUAUGUACACUUUGUGAGUUUAUAAGUUAACUUUCUAAUAGCAUCAGUCACUAUAUAUUUAGUUUUUUAUUCGCGUGUAAAAGCCUCUGUCAUGAAUAUGCAAGCAAGCUUUUCUACGUUUUCCAGGCAUGUAAGUUGUGAAUGUGGCAGAAAUCAUUUAGAAUUUGUCUAUAUCAGACAUUCCAACUACUCGAGGCAAAAUUUAGGGAGACUGCUCAGUGAAUUGAAAUCUAAUUCUUAAGGGA